CCCCCUUGUUUUCAAAUCUCUCUCUUUUCUUUCUUUUCUUUUGCAUUCAUUCAUUCAAUCAAAAAAUAAAAAUAAAAAAAAAUGUCAAUUUCAACAACCAUUUCAUCAUCUUUUGAUCUUUCAUUCCAACCCCGACGACCUUCCGUUUCAUCUUUUUCCGGCCCCAAUUUCCGGCCAUCACCCUCUCGAUUUUCCGGCCCCAAAACUUCCGGAAACAAACAACACCCUUCAUCCUUAACCCUCCUUCGUUUCCCACCAAAUUUUGUUCGCCAGCUCAGCAAUAAAGCUAGAAGAAACUGUAGCAAUAUUGGGGUUGCUCAAAUUGUUGCUGCUUCAUGGUCUAACAACCAACCCCUUUCUUCUCCGGCGGCGGCGGCGGCUGUUGAUGCCGCCCCCGUCGCUCCCGUCUCCGUCCCGAUCUUUUCGGACGAAGACGAUGUUAUUGUUAAUAAUAACAAUAACAAUAAUAUUGGGAAUGUUGUAAACAAUGAGGGUUUUGAAAAUGUGUUUAAGCCUGCUUUUUUGAAUGAUGAUGGCAGUGUUGCUAUUCAUGCUGGUGAAAGAAUGGGAAGAGGGAUAGUUACAGAUGCAAUAACAACACCUGUGGUUAACACAUCUGCUUACUUUUUCAAGAAAACAGCUGAUCUUAUUGAUUUUAAGGAAAAAAGGCAGUUCAGUUUUGAAUACGGGCGUUAUGGGAAUCCUACUACUGUGGUUCUGGAGGAGAAGAUUAGUGCACUUGAGGGAGCUGAGUCGACCCUGAUACUAGCAUCUGGAAUGUGUGCUAGCAUUGUCAUGAUGUUGGCGCUGGUUCCUGCCGGUGGGCACAUAAUCACGACCACUGAUUGUUACAGGAAAACUAGGAUUUUUAUUGAGACAGUUCUUCCCAAAAUGGGAAUCACGGCUUCGGUCAUUGACCCUGCAGAUAUGGCUGGCCUUGAAUCUGCACUAGAUAACCAUAAAGUUAGUCUUUUCUUCACUGAGUCGCCAACCAACCCAUUUUUAAGAUGUGUUGACAUUGAGCUAGUUUCGAAGCUGUGCCAUGCUAGAGGAGCUGUUGUUUGCAUCGAUGGAACUUUUGCUACACCUCUCAACCAGAAGGCUCUUGCGCUUGGUGCUGACAUUGUUUUACACUCUGCAACGAAAUAUAUUGGUGGUCACAAUGAUGUACUGGGUGGUUGUGUUAGCGGUUCUACUGGAAUUAUAUCUCAAAUUCGUAACUUGCACCAUGUUUUAGGCGGUGCUCUUAAUCCUAAUGCUGCAUAUUUAUUCAUUAGAGGCAUGAAAACGCUGAAACUACGUGUACAGCAGCAGAAUUCUACUGCGCAGAGGAUGGCCGAAAUUUUAGAGGCACAUCCUAAGGUGAAGCACGUCUAUUAUCCUGGUUUGCCGAGCCAUCCUGAACAUCAUAUCGCAAAGAAACAGAUGAUUGGCUAUGGUGGUGUUGUCAGUUUUGAGGUUGAUGGAGACAUAGAAACCACCAUUAAGUUUGUUGAUGCUCUAAAGAUCCCAUAUAUUGCACCAUCUUUUGGUGGCGUUGAAAGUAUCGUGGAUCAACCCGCCAUUAUGUCUUACUGGGAUCUUAGCCAAUCUGAGAGGGCCAAGUAUGGGAUAAUGGAUAAUCUGGUUCGCUUCAGCUUUGGAGUUGAAGACUUUGAGGACCUGAAGGCUGAUGUCCUGCAAGCUUUGGAGGGGAUAUAGUCAUGUUUUACCUGCGUGAUUGUUUGUUUUUACACUUUGUGUUAUCACCAAGCUCUUCUUUUCCAUUUUACAUUUUCGUUGUUCUUCAUUUGAAUUGAUUAUAACUCUUCAUUUGAGAUGUGAACUAAUUAACUUAUAUAAAAGAUAUGAUAUCAUGAUA